CCUGUUCCUUUAAGGGAUCUCUCCAGCAUUCACUGUAGUCACGCUGAGUAGGAUCCAUAUUCAGAGAAAGUCCAGUGGUGGAGUUGGGAAAUACCAGAGCAGCUCUCCUCUCCUCUGGGUGCUGAGCAACAAGAAGGAACCCAACUGAACUUCUAAAGACCUUCAAAUAUCAGCAUCUUGCCAUGAACACAAACAAGCAUCCUGAAUUCACAUCUCCAGAGGAAGACGAGAUGGAAACUGGAGCUUGUAAUGAUAUUGCAGAGGUGAAGACACAGGAGGAGGAAGAGCAGAAAGAGGACAGCUCUGUCACUGUGAAUGGAAUGCACUUGGAUGCUGUCAUGGAUGCACGUGUGAUAAAGACUGAGGCCGAGGAGACAGACGAUAAUGGGCCAGCAGGGAUUGUGCCCAAAGAGGAAGCAGAGGGGGACAGUGAGGAUGGGAUGGAGGAAGGGAUCGACGAGGAGAGGACGGAGGAGGACAACGACGAGCACAGAGACGAGGACUGCCUGAAUGAGCCGCAGGACCUGUCGCUGGUGGACUACUCGCGUUACGAACCGGCAUCCCUGCAGGAAGGCCAGGUGACAGCCGAGUCCGACGAGGUCUCAGACGGGGGCUACGCACCUGGUUCCACAGGGCCCCGCAUCCCGACACAAGGAAAACUCAGUUGCGACAUCUGCGGCCUGUCCUGCAUCAGCAUUAACGUGCUGCUGGUGCACAAGCGCAGCCACACUGGUGAGAGGCCAUUCCACUGCACUCAGUGUGGGGCCUCCUUCACCCAGAAGGGAAACCUGCUUCGCCACAUCAAACUGCACUCCGGAGAGAAGCCUUUCAAAUGCCCGAUGUGCAGCUACGCCUGCCGACGACGUGACGCUCUGAGUGGGCACCUGCGCACUCAUUCUGUAGAGAAGCCCUUCAAGUGCAACUACUGCAGUCGCAGCUACAAGCAGCGGAGCUCCCUUGACGAGCACAGAGAGAGGUGCCAUGUGUACAUUCAGAGCAAAGGUCCCGCUGAGAGAGAGGACAGCCACACGGCCAGGUCUCACAUGGGCUCUGAGCGCGCGUUGCUUCUCGACAGGCUCGCCAGCAACGUCGCCAAGCGGAAAAGUUCAAUGCCACAGAAGUUCACUGGCGACAACGGGGUCUGCCUGGACCUGAGCUUUAACAGGGAGCUGCUCCACCAUUCUGACAUAAAGGAACCUCCACCAGGCUCACCUGGGCCAGAGGGCCAGCUGCAGACCGUCCUCGGAGGCCCAGAUGGAGACCCACCUGCCACCCACAGACCCUACCCCAUCUCAUUAAACCGCAGCGACAUCAACCCAAUGAGCCUCACCAACGGCCACAAGAUGCCACUUCUGGGCCUCCCUCAUGGAGCACAGCCACCCCUCGGCAUGGACUCCUUCCACAACAACGCUUCCCAAAUGGCCCAGCCCGUCAUGUACAGCUUGGGUCACCUGCUAGGGGGGAUCAAUCACCCGAACGGCCUACCUCACCCACACAGCCAGCCCAUCCCACUGUCGCCCCUCGAGGCCCUGCGGGUGAUGCGGGCAGAAGGGGAUGCUGGGGCGCCGCCCGGAGCAGUGUACCCCUGUGGUCACUGCAGAGUGCUCUUCCUGGACUACGUCAUGUUCACCAUCCACAUGGGGUGCCACGGCUUCCGUGAUCCACUUGAAUGCAACGUCUGCGGCCACCGCAGCCGGGACCGUUACGAGUUCUCCUCCCACAUAGCCCGCGGUGAGCACCGCCUAGAACUCAAGUAGACUGCAUUCAUGCACACAAACAGUCACCACUCUAUGGAGGCAGACAGCAAUUUAGUCAUAUACGUAGCUGGUAGUAUUAGAAAUGAAAGCAUAAAGUAGCAGCUCUGUCUUUUGUGUUUGUUAAAGUGUGUGUGAGUAUAGAUGUUGUAGGAGUUUGGCGGCUGUUUUUAGUCAUCCUGUACUCAUCUGAAAAGAUGGCCUGUGUAGAGUUAUUGGGGGAGUAUUUCUACUCCUUAGCAUUUGUACUAUUUGUACCUAACAGAGUUGUCUGUUUGGAUAAUAAAGCCAUGUGUUUCCACUCACACAAGCAGCACAAUAUAAUGUAUUUAUGCUGUAUCUACUGUCUUAUUCUGUCUGUAUAAAGAUGUGAAAAAUAAAACAACAGUUCUGUCCUCACACACAAA